CAGGUUUUGUUUUUUUCAGAAGGAACAGCUGUUGGCGCUUUGUUGUCUGCAGGUGCAAAGUAAUUGGAUUAAUUUUUGACUAAAAUCAAAGGUAAAUCGAAGCCAUGGCCACGAUGCGCAUACCCAAGCAGAAGGUGAUCUUGUGCGGCGACUAUGGUGUGGGCAAGAGCUCCCUGUUCCGGCGGUUCGCCACCAACACAUUCGUCACGGACACGGACAGGAAAUCCACUUUGGGAUUGGAUCAUAUCGAUCGGGAAUAUAAUAUAGCAGAGAAGCAGAUCAAGCUCCAACUCUGGGACACUGGCGGCAUGGAACGCGUGGCCUCGGUGACCUCGUCGUAUUACAAAUUCGCCGAAGGAGCCAUUCUUGUGUUUGCCCUGGACAACGCCGCCUCGUUUCACUCGCUCUCACAGCAUCUACUGGAUAUUGUGACUUAUGCGGAGAAUGCCAAGAUCUUCAUAUGCGGCAACAAGAGUGAUCUGGAAGGCAGGGAGCCGGAGGUUAGUGACGAGGAGGUAGAGGCCUUCUGCGAGCAGUGUCACUCGCUGAUCAGUGCCACUUACAAGACCUCUUGUCGCAGCGGUGCCGGCGUUGAGGAGAUGUUCCGGGAUAUCUCGAGGCAGCUCGUACACGCUAAUCGCUCUAAGAUGGAACUGCAGGCCCUGGAGCAGAAGAGUUUCCAGGUUGACACAGCCAGCGAUGCGGUGAUGAACGAAGAGGACGCAUCCUCCUGCGGUUGCUAGCAGUUGGGGAACAUUGAGUUCGGCUAGGAAGCCACACUCAAUGAUGUCCCCUUGCAGAAAUGCAUUUUACUGUAUUUAUGAUUUAUUUAUUAACAGUUUUUGGCUAUGAAUAUGAAUAUUUAAUUUCGAAUUUAAUGCGAAACACGUCCCGGAUGCGAACACGAGUCAUAGAUUAGGAUAAGGUUACUAUUAUUAUAAUCCAGGCGCUAAGUCAUGCCAAACAUUAACUACAUAAACUUUGUACACGUAACUUAGGGUGGAUCGCAUUUUGGGGAACUGAGGAAACGUAUUUGGCGGAAAUUUCUACGAUUAUAUAAUUAUCCUUUUGAGAAAUGGUAUAUUUUUAUGGAAAUUUUCUUAGGGCAAAAUAUAAUACAAAGUUUAUGGUUUUUUGUAUACAAUUGAGACAUCCAGGUAUUACUCUUUGUUCCUACAAUUUCUGGUUAAAAGAAUGCAGCCACCCUAGAGCGUAUUUAGCUUAGUGCGUAAGUUUGAAGCUUUCUUCCACAGACUAUGUAACACAUAAAGGUAAAAUAUAUGCUAAAACAAUAAAUAAUCAACAUACGACAA